AUGGCGGUAUUGCUGGGCUGGGGCUGGCUCCUUCUCCCAGGGAGCAGAGGAGGGGCUCGGGCGAAGGCUGACUUUGCAGCCCUGUUUCUCUCCAGUGUUGUUGUGGGUUUCUUUGCAGUUUGCCAGGCUCUGGCUGUCCCCUGGGAGGUGAGCGGCCAGGCGGGGCAGAUGCUUUCCCUCCACUGCUGGUACCCGCGGGGCUACGAGGGCUACUACAAGUACUGGUGCGGGGGGGCCAGCCGGGACUCCUGCCACAAGGUGGCGGAGGCAGCAAGCAGGGAAGUGGUCCAGCAGCACGGCCAGGUCUGCAUCCAGGACAACCACAUCUUCUGCGUGGUCCUGCUCACCAUGAAGGACGUCUCCGAGGUGGAUGCUGGGAGCUACUGGUGUGGAGUUGAGAGGACAGGCAGGGACCUGAUGGAGCUGGUGACAGUGAGGGUGGUCCCAGGUAAGCCCUGGUGUCCAGCUGGCUAGAGGUUUUGCUGGCCAGGACCCUUUUCUGGAGAGGCUGCUGGUUUA